AUGAGGACCAUCACUCGCUUCCACGUCCUCGUGUUUUGCGCCGUCUGCACCGUCGUGUACAUCGGCUGGGUCUUGCCGUCGCUGCAGGUCCAGAGCCGCGUGCAGAAGGCCUUCUCCGGCUCGCAACGGCGCCUUGUUGUCUUUGGCGACAGCUGGUCAGACGUCGGCACCUACCACGUCGACAUUCCGGCCUUGAACCCGCAGCACAACGUCAGUCGCCCUUUGUGGACCCAGGCCUUGUGCAAAGAGCUCCUGUGCGACGACAUCAACAAUUUCGCCCGCUCGUCGGGCGCGGCCAACUUCAUUGACCACCCGGAUGCUGUCUUGGACACGGACAUCCUGGCCAAUGUGACGAACCAGCAUCCCGAGGACCAAAAGUUCCUUGCCGACCUGAAGAAACAGGUCCAGCAGUGGAUCAGCUUCGAGAAGCAGAGUGGUCUGAUCUCGCGCCGCGCCCAAAGGAAGGAAUGGACCGUUUUCACCGUCUUUUUUGGCAUCAGCGACAUCUGGCAGUACACCUUCCAGGACAACAAAGCCCGCGACGACGACAUCACGGAGACCAUAGCCGCCUUGUUCGCUCAGCUUGACGUCAUCGCACAGCACACCCAGACUCGCCCGCACAUCGUGCUGCCCAAGGUCAUAGACAUCUCCUUCUUGCCUGCAUUCGCACGGCAACCCCUGGAGUUUCCGGACCGCCAGCAGUCGGCCGUGUCGCUGACGGCGACAUGGAACAACGCGCUGGAGAAGGCGGCGCGCGAGUGGACCGGCGGCUACAUCCACCUGCUGCCGACUGACAAGUGGCUGCUGAAGCUGAUCCGCGAGCAGCAGAUGCACAAGAUUGGCAUCACCGACGAGCGCGGCGAGGGCAAGGGCAAUCCCAGAUUCUCUGAAGUCAGGAGCCCAUGCGUGCCGUUGCCGCGUGUCGGCGCCCAGUUUCCGUUUGACAUGGACGACGCCAGCAGCAACCGGACCGAGCCCUGCGAGGACGAGUCUCACUACCUGUUUUGGGACGGCAUGCACCUGUCCGGCAGGGCGCACAAGCUGCUGGCCAUCGAAGCCGCCGAUCUCGUCGCCACCAACUACACCUUCAACCUCAACGCCCUGCGCAAGCACGAUCUCGAGCGCGAAGAGGCCGCGCACCGGGCCACGCCCGAGAAUGAGACGGGUCCGACCGAGUCCCCCCAGUGA